CUCCUGAAACACAUCUCACUGACCGCUGUCGGAGACAGGAUGCUGGGUCGGCCUUCGGUCUGAUCCAGCCGGGUUUAUGUUUGGAACGGUUUCAGUCUGAGAAGGUUUUCCGUUAGGGGCAUUGAGAUGCAAUGAACAACCAGGCUUCGGUUCUUUAACAGUUGCAGGGGAAACUAUCCUUUCCAGAAACUCUACUUGUGGUAUCUGAAUGAAGAAGACUGCAGUUAAAGGUGGCAGAAAGAGAGAACAGGCAUGGUUUAAAUCUGAGUCCUGCAGUCCCUGAUGUAGCUGCAAGCGCUGGCUGUUUUGUAGAAGAUGCUGGAAGACAGGGAGAUGUCGGAUCUCAAGGGAGAUCUUUACAGGGACCUUGCAUUUCCGGCUAAUGACGACUCCCUGUUUUUUAACUACUCUACUCCGCUGGCUCAUUUCAGAGGGGAGAUUUGUUGGCUGCGACCUCAGGAGAUUUGUUCUACACCUCGAUUAUUUUCAGACAAUCAAUAUGAGUGGCAAGUCAAGCAAGGGAUGCUGGGAGACUGCUGGUUCUUGUGUGCGUGUGCUGCUUUGCAGAAGAGUAAAUACUUGUUGGCCAAGGUGAUACCUCCAGAUCAACCCAGCUGGAGAGAUGAGAAAUACAGAGGCUGUUUCACUUGUCGUGUGUGGCUGUUUGGACACUGGGUGGAGGUCACCAUAGAUGAUCGCCUGCCUUGCCUUGGGGGCAAACUCUGUUUCUCACAGUGCCAGACUGAAGAUGUGUUUUGGCUCCCGCUGCUGGAAAAGGCCUAUGCCAAGGUGCAUGGCUCUUAUGAACAGCUCUGGGCAGGCCAGGUUGCUGAUGCUCUUGUGGAUCUGACUGGAGGCCUAGCGGAGAGGUGGUCUCUGAAAGAUCUGGGUCGGAGCACAGAGAGGGAGAGGGCAGGCAAGGUUUUGGAGAAGGCAGUAUUUAGGAGACUGAUGAACUUGAAAGAGAAGUGCGUUAUGAGCUGCUCAGUCUUCAGCUCACGGCAAGGUACCAGCGAACUGGGGGAGUUUCAUGCCUUCAUUGUUGUCGACAUGCAGGACCUCUCUAAGGUGUCCCGGAAGGAGAUCAUCCUGCUGAGGAUACGCAACCCCUGGGGAAGACGUUGCUGGAGAGGGCCCUGGAGGGAGGGCGGUCCAGGGUGGAGCCAACUGGAUCCGGUGGUGGCGGCAGAACUAUUGUCCCAGAUACAGGAAGGAGAAUUUUGGGUUGAAGAGGAGGAAUUUUUUGCAGAAUUUGAUGAGAUCAUAACCGGGUACCCGAUUACUGAAGAAGGACAGCUUCAGAGCCUUUACACUGACACAGUGCUGAGCCACACUCAGAAACUGUAUGGGUCGUGGGUGAGGGGACACUCGGCUGGCGGUUGCCGAAACAACAGCACCUUCCCGAUGAACCCCAAGUUCUGGCUGAGGGUCUUUGAGCCGAGCGAGGUGUGCAUUGCCCUCCUGCAGAAACACCGCAAGUACAGCACAGAUUGGGCAGGCAGGAUUCGGAACUGGCCCUGCUUGGUGGAAGCAGAUCCGCCUUUGACGGAUGGCAUCCGAGGCAAGAACUACCAUGCUGUGGGACUUCAUAUAUGGAAGGUUGAAAAGAAGCAGUUUAACCUCACGAAGACACUCUCUGCUCCCCCAGUUUCAGGCACUGUUUGCCACUCCUAUAAUCGAGAGGUGCACCUGCAUUGUGACCUGUCUCCUGGGUAUUACCUUGUCAUCCCCAGCACCUUUCUGAAUGAUGCCGAAGGAAACUUCCUGCUUCGGGUCUUUUCCAGUGGAAGAAUCUCCCUCAGUGAGAUAAAACUGCCCUUGCCUGACAACACCCUCCGUGAAGAGCUCCCGGGAGGCGAGUGGGAGACGGCUCGGCUGGAGGGCCGGUGGAGAAAGGGGCAAAAUGCAGGCGGCAGCAGGAACUUUCCUUCCUUCCACAGCAACCCCUGCUUUCCCUUCUCCGUUCCUGCAGGCGCGGGACAGAGCAGCAUCAAGGUCGCUCUCCGCCAGCACUGCCCAGAUAACAAGUGCCGCCCAAUAGGGUUUCACGUCUUCCAGGUCCCCAGUGACAACAACAACAUGAAAAUGCCUUCGUCUUCAUUCCUGCACUUGGAGCCAGUGGUUAGUUGUGUGCCCCAUUGCUACUCCCAGGAAGUAAGCCAGGUCUGCCGACUCUCUUCAGGCAGCUAUGCCAUUGUUCCGUCUACAUACUUGCCUGACACAGAAGGCAGCUUCACGGUGAUCGUAGCAACCAAAAUAGACAGGAAAAGCAUUCGGAGCAAGGAGACCUUGGGGCAAAGGCUGCAAGAGGUCUCCUUUAAAGCAGUGAUGAAAAUAUAAUUUGAAAUUGGCACAUCCAUCAUGGGAGGAAGCAGGAGAGAGCCUCGGGAAAAUGAAAACUGUUUUUGGUUUAAACUGAAAUGACCCAAAUGGCUCUUGGGCCCAACUGGGCUUUUUCUGGGCACAGCAGCAUCCAGUCCUUUUAAUCAACCUCUCUGUGAAAACAAAACUGAACCAAAAUCCAUUUCAAAACAUUCCUUUGUGGGUUGUUGUUUUUUUAAAUUGCACCCAUGUGAACUGCGUCAAGAUCUUUUUUUGCAGUGUGCCAUGGACUUCGCUCUGUGCGCUUCAGUUCCUCCCCUUUCCCUAUUCCACCCACCUCUAAAUAUCAGUGAAAAGAUAAUGUUGUGCAUGCGCUGUGUUCAAAUCCAUUUUAAUUCUGCGGUGGUAAGACGUUUGGCUCUGUGUUUCUGUGUGUGUGUUCAUAGUGAAGGGCAGUUUUUGGAGACGGAUACAUUUACCAAGUAAGCUUCGGAAACUGGUGGUAGGAAAAGGAGGAAGGUGGGAAAUGUUACCAUUCUUUCAGGAAGGAACUUUUCAAAAUGACAGUGACUGGAAAAAUGUCGCUUUCCACAUAUGCAAGAUCCCACUAGACCUGCUGUGCAGCAAACUGGACACCACUUGUUAGGUGCUUGACAAUCCCCGUUUUUGCAACCCAAGAAGGGCAGUAAAUGUAGUAUUUGAUUUUUAUUUUUAUUUUUUAUUUAAGAAAUCUCUAGCUGGCUCUUCAUUAAAAUACUCCCCAGAGCAGGGUACAAUAUAAUAUCAUAAUUCAUAAUAGAGCCAAGUGUAUAUAUAUAAAAAACAGUGUCCCUUAAAACCAUAGCAGUGAACACAUCCAGCGAGGGCAGUGGGCCCAGCUCCACUUGUCAACAGUUAGCCAAGAGGCUGGGUGAAUAAAUUUGUUUUUAACAUAUUUAUAAAUGCAUGGUUUGUGGGCUGCAUUCAGCCCACAAUGGCAGGUUACCAGUUAUGCUAACCUGCUUUAAGCCACACGCCAAAAAAACUGCUCUGGAAAACCACCCCAUAAUAAAUCUUCAUCCUAGUUCUCCCUCUACUGUAUCCCUCAGUCUUUCAUGGUCAAGUGUUCCCCCAGAAAAGAAGACCUCAUGGAAGGAAAUCAUGGGAUGGAACUCGGAGGGACUGUUGCACCUAAACUAGGCCGCUUUCCCAGCUCCCUGCAGGCUUCCCUUGCUGGAUUUCCAGGGUACCUUCUCAAUUUCCCACUAUAAUCCUCCACCACACUCUAUUAUCAUUACAACAUUCAUUUCUCAGACCCUCCACCUCCUAAUGCCUUUGAUUCUCUUCGUUCAACUAGCAUCAGCUUUGCCAGGCUCGGGUGAGGCGUGAAAGAAAAUUCCCCAGUGCUGCCAGCUAGAAUUCGCUGCCGUACUUAUCCACGUAGGAAAGACUGAACUUGCAGUAGCUGAGGGGCAGUUGUUCUGAAUAUUGUUAUUUAUUUAUUUAAAUUAUUUCAAUAGUUGAAUUUAUUAACUUGGGAAGAUCUUAGGGAGCUUAUUUCAGGAGAAUAUAAGAUGGAGAAGGUGAGAGUAAUCCUCUUGUAAAAGGCAUUGGGUUGAAACUAUUUGAGGGGAAAUCACGUGAUGGAUUUCAGAGCCAUGAUUUUAAAAUUAUUUGGGGGGUUAUGCCUCCCUUGGAUGCAGGAAACUGUAGUUCAAACUGAUCUUUUUCCAAAUUUCUUUGGAAAGCAUUUAUUAAGUGAAAUUUUAAAAUAUUGUAUUCUUUUUUUAAAAAAAUAAUGAAGUGGUUAUUCAAAUGUCUCUUUAAAAUAUAUUAAAAUGUUAAAUGGUA